GUGGGUGGCCCUUUUACCUCAUAGCAGAGUGACAGUGAAAGAAGGACCCAAACCUUUAAUCUUGUUUUGCAGUGGAUUUAGCAGAAAGCAGCUGCAGCAGCCUGGAAAUUACCAUGGAAAAAAUCCUGAAAACAGAAUUGAAAACUUCCGUUCUGAAGGCAUUUGGAAGCUCGGGAGGAGGAUACAUUAGCCAAAGCCAAGGUUAUGAAACAGACAGUGGACGAGUAUUUGUUAAAAUCAACCACAAACCUCAGGCUAGAAAAAUGUUUGAAGGGGAAAUGGCAAGUUUGGAAGCUAUUCAGAAAACCAAUAUUGUGAGAGUGCCUCAGCCUAUUAAAGUAAUUGACUUACCUGGAGGAGGAGCAAUGUUUGUCAUGGAGUACCUAAAGAUGAAGCACCUCAACAAAUAUUCUUCAAAGCUUGGAGAGCAGAUAGCAGAUCUUCAUCUUUAUAACCAGAAACUUGGGGAGAAAUUGCGAAAGGAGGGAAACAAAAUUGGUAAAGGAGCAAGUCACUCUGAGUUUCAGUAUGUGGAUAAGUUUGGAUUCCAUACAGCCACUUGCUGUGGUUAUAUACCACAGGUGAAUGAAUGGCAGAGUGAUUGGCCUUCCUUCUUUAUUCGUCACCGACUCCAAGCUCAAUUGGAUUUGAUUGAAAAAGAUUAUGGAGACAGAGAAGCCAGAGAACUUUGGUCACAGCUAAAACUAAAGAUUCCUGAAAUGUUCUGUGACGUAGAAAUUGUUCCUGCUCUCCUGCAUGGGGACCUGUGGGCAGGAAAUGUGGCUGAGGACGACUCUGGGCCAAUUAUCUUUGACCCUGCUUCCUUCUAUGGCCAUUCUGAAUUUGAACUGGCUAUUGCUGGAAUGUUUGGUGGGUUUAGCAGCUGUUUUUUCUCCGCCUAUCACAGUAAAAUACCCAAAGCUCCAGGAUUUGAGAAACGAAACAAAUUAUAUCAGCUCUUUAAUUACAUAAACCACUGGAACCAUUUUGGGACAGGGUACAGGGGAUCUACCCUAAAUGUAAUGAGAAAACUUCUAAAGUAACCGGAUAGGUUUGAGAAAUUCUGACAUAGUCCCUUAGUAAUGAACAGCCCCUGCUUAUCACAAGUAACACAAACUAGGAGUUAAUAUUGAUGAUAAAACACCUGACAUGUAAAAGGCUUAGUACACUUUUGAGCCUCGCUAAAUAUUAAGAGUGAUUGUAUAAUUUUUAACUUAUACACUAGUUUAC